GGAGUACAUCUGUCACCCAUUGCAAGUAACAUGCAAUAUUUCUUCUUCUUAUAUAAAUCUCAAUCCCCUUUGCCUUAAAAUCAAUUAUCCAUUUCAUUCACACACAAAGAAGCUAAGCUAGAUAACUAUCAGUUCAUCAAAAGACAAUCUACCCAUUAUAAUAUGGUAAUGAAGAAGAACAAUCUUAGUAUUGUUGUCGAUCAAUCUUUGCCAUCUAGGGUUUCAUCAUCAUCAACAACAACAAUGGCCCAGAACAUGAAGAAGAAGAAUGAGAAGAAGAAGUAUAAGGGAGUGAGAAUGAGGAGUUGGGGAUCAUGGGUAUCUGAGAUAAGGGCACCAAAUCAAAAAACAAGAAUAUGGCUUGGUUCUUACUCAACUGCUGAAGCUGCUGCUAGGGCAUAUGAUGCUGCCCUUUUAUGUCUUAAGGGCACUUCAGCCAAUCUAAACUUCCCUCUUUCAUCUUACAAUGACCAAUUAUUAAUCCCUAUUCAUCAUCAACAAUCAUCAAUCUUAAUGUCCCCCAAAUCUAUUCAAAAACUAGCUGCAGAAGCUGCUUCCUCUUCUUCUUCUUCACCAUCUUCAUCUUCAUCCUCAUCUUCUUCAUCUGGUCAUGACUCAAUGUCCCCUGUUCCAUCCACACCAGAGGAAGAAAUCUCUUUGGUCUCAUCUAAUUCUAAUUCUAAUGUGAAUUAUGAUGAGCCAUCAUGGUAUAAUACAUUUGAUGAUUCAGCAGAGUAUAAUCAUGAUAUGAUGAUGAUGAUGAAUGAUAAUCAUCAUUUGUUCUUUGAUGAUCAUAAUCCAUCUCUAAUGAUGAUUAAUGAAGAUGUCUAUGAAGAAGGGGACAUUAGGCUAUGGAGUUUCUGCUGAUCAGAAAUAUUUUUAUUUAAUUAAUGAUCUUCAAGACAUCUUUCUUAGCUUGCUGCUACUGACAAUUAUAACUAUACUCCAAGAACAAUAUAUUAUAUUAUUUAUUAAUUAAGUAAGUAAGAGAGAAGGGAUUAAUUCUAUUGAGAGAGACAUGUUUUUUUGGUUUUCUCAU